AUGAGGGCUGACUGUUUAGCAUUAUUAGAAGGGAUUAGACUUUAUAAGAGGAGUGGACUAGAGGCGAAAAUUUUAAUUGAGUCCGACUCUGAAGUUCUGGUUCAGAUGAUUUGUCAUGUUUUCCGAGAAGCGAAUUAUGUUGCUGAUUUUUUGGCAAAAAAGGCAUUUCAGGAUGGAGCUUCUUUGGAGUUUGCUACUGUGGGCUCUUUACCUUGUCUGGGACAUUUGUUGGUGGUACAAGACCAAAGAAUGAUGCUAGUCCUGAGGGUGAAGCGUUCAGUUCAUUAUGGCACUGUGCAGACAUGGUAG